AUGAAAGAUAAACCAAAAUGUACUCAUGCAACUACUGCGUGCAUUAAUUGUCGAAAUAAACGUGUUCGAUGUUCUUAUGAUGUAAACACUUGUAAAAAUUGUGCAAAACAAAAUCUUCAAUGCAUUUUUAUUAAAUCUGGUAAAAAACGUGGGCCUAAAGGAUUAGACAACAAGAACGUUAUAAAUCAAGACGAUGAACAUCGUGCCGUUAAUAAUCAUGAUGGUGCACUAUUAAAUGAUUAUGACGCAUACAAUUCAUCCCUUUAUCAAAAUGUACAAGACAUCAAUCAUUUUGUCAACACUCAUAGAAGUCAUUACUCUUCGGAAUUUCAGAUGGACAUCGUUUCUCAAGGAUCUUAUCACUAUCCCAUAGAACUCUG